CAUCUACGGACUCAGUUUCAUCUGUUCGGCAGAAUGUCAAGUAUGUUGCUCCUCCUGGCAGUCAGUGGGAACAUUUACAUAGCAGCGGAUCAAACUACGUUCAAGGUAACUCAAUCGCCCGAAGAAGCGGUUGUAUCCAAAGGAGGGAACGUCACGUUCUACUGCUUAUUGCCCAUUUCUCAGGAUCAAUCCUGGACGAAAGUCCAAUGGUGGAAACAGGGCGAGAAUAAUUACCAACGGACAGGCAUCGACAUCAGAAAAAAAUCUGGUCUGAGAGGUAAAAUGACUUGGUACUUUGAAUUGCAACAUGUAAUGAUCCAAGAUUCUGGACGGUAUUUCUGUUCAGUGACCCGCAAAGGACUGUCUGCAAGAAAUGGAACUGGUUCGCUACUAAAAGUGCAUGCAGAUCCAAAUCCAUUGAAGAUUUUCGCGAAAUGGAAUUCAGCUACAACUUUCAUUAUCGUGUGUGAAACAUCUGCCUUUUAUCCCAAGAAUUUCUCGCUUACUUGGUAUAAAAAUGGCAUUGAAAUAACAUUGGGCGUACAGACCAAGGUAAGGAAGGACACCGAGGGACUUUAUGUGGUUUCGAGCAACUUGAAUGAGAUACAGACGGUCCAGAACGACACAAAUUAUACCUGUUUGGUGUCUCACGUCUCCCUCAAUACUUCAGCGGUAGCAGUCUAUUCUAUUUCCAAAUCUAACCAAGGUUCCUCUGUCAAAACUCUUUCCCCCUGGGUUCCCCGUUCUGCAAUGGGCGGACUGUCGUUUCUACUGCUAACGAUCGCCAUUGGGACUCAGUGCAGAAAGCAGGGAAGUAAGGGUAAAGAAGAAUGCCUUACGGAAGCGAAUCAACGUGAGGUAAAAAGCGCCAUACGCGUUUGACGUUGCGCCUUUUCGUCCUGGAGUAUUCUUAUGUCUGCUGAAAUCCAUUGCGGCGUAAUGAAUUAUCACAGCUUCCGUUUUCUAUAUGGUUUGGGACGUAUGGCUGCUUAUCAUGAUUUCGUCAGUAUAAUUAUCAAAUUUUAUACAG